AUGUUGCUCCAGCACUUAGACUAUUUCACUGAAUCUGAACAAGAACUCCUGAAGAAAGGUUUUGAAAACUUUACGGAUGAUAUGAUCAGAAAGUUGUUGAAGUGCGACUUCAUCAGUGACGAGCAGAAAGCGUUCCUGCUCCGUCAACUUUUGUUGAGAAGCAACAAAAUUUCUGAUAAAACCAGGAAAUUGCUAGAAUGUGGUGGUGCACUUACUAAAGAAGCCAUUGAUGAACUGAGACGGCUAGGUCUACUCACCUUGUCCCAGUUGUAUCUUCUGGAUGGGUCUUUUAAGAUGCCUGAAGUGAAACCUUCCAAAGAAUCAAUAGUGGCAGACGUUGAUAAAGUUGAUAAGGAGAGUUUGAAGAUUGAACAGACCUCAGAAAAGGAGUUGAAAAGUGAGAUGUUGUCCAAGGAUUCAGAUAUCAGCAGGAGGAGUGAAAAGAGGAGCUCCUUAAUUAAGGAAACUCAAAUGGAAGAUAUCCCUGAAGAAGAGAAGGAACAGGAAGAAACAGAGUUGACCAAAGAACCGAGUAGAGAACCAAGUAAACAAUUGAGUAGAGAACCCAGUAAACAAUUGAGUAGAGAACCUAGCAAACAAUUGAGCAGAGAACCUAGCAAACAAUUAAGCAGAGAACCUAGUAAACAAUUGAGCAAACAACCAAGCAUAUUAUCUGGACAAAAAUCAGGUGAGGUUUUUUCACCAAAAGAUCCAAGUUAG